UUAACUACCAAACCUUCAAAGUGUCAUGACACAUCAAGACACAAAAAUAUCUUUCCAGAAUGCCUGGCCACUUGACUAGGAUUCGAACUCGUGACUCCCUAUUCCAGGACUUGCCGUUUCUAUCAACUUGAUCAACCCACCACUUGCACCUAAAGUAAUUCACCAACGGGAUUCGAACCCUUGACUGUGUGGUCCGGGAGUAACAGCAUUGCUAACAGAUACUAAAUACCACAAAUCUUACCAUGGGGAACGAAGUAGCAAAACCGACGGAAGAAGAGACAGAUCUACAGACCGAGGAGCUCCUUACGUGUGGGAUCUGUCUUGAAGACUUCAAGACGCCGAAGUUGUUACCUUGCGGGCACACCUUCUGCCAGGCGUGUCUGGAGCGGUACGUGCGGGGGGCACCGGACAUGACAUGCCCCGUCUGUCGGCGGCAGGUGGCCAUCCCGCCCGAGGGAGUCGGCGCCCUGCCCGGUAACUUCUGGGUCGGGAACGUACGGGAGUUGUUGAAGGGACAGAGGCGGGAGCGUAAGGCGAAUGUACGGGAGACCAGGCGGUUGUGUGCGGCACACAGUGAUGCCGAGUUCCGAUGCUUCUGUAAGGACUGUAGCCAGUCCGUGUGCGCUGAGUGCAUCGUGGAGUCCCAUCGAGACCACGACGUGUCGUCCCUGCGCGAGGUGACGGAGGAAAAGUGCGAGGAGGCCGGCGAGCUACAGAGACGCGCCCGGCGGAGGGUCGAGCAGGUCGUCGGGAAACUGCAGAGCUUCGACGAGUCCCGGAUCGACUGCGAGAAGAAGGAAGAGACUUUGGAGAAAAAGAUCGUAGCCGCUAAAGAGGAGGUCAUCAAAAGAGCAGAACAAAGUGCGGCUUCCCUUAUCAGCCAAGCCAGAACUAUUUACAAAAAGAGAGUCGGACAAUUGGACGAAGGGGCUCAGACUUUGGAAUCUUACCUCGCCGCCAUGUUGAAAGGACUGGAUGACCUUGGCGGCGCGGUCAAGGACGGGGACGUUCCAGAGCUGGAUGUAAAGAUGCAGGCGUUGUCAGAAGUGCUGGAACGUGGGGUAGACACGACUACACAGGUGCCGGUAUGUCCGCAAGUCGAGUUCGUCGCCCAAAAGUUAGCGGUGCAUCUUGGGACGGUGCAGGUCAAAGAUCAAGAAGAUGGCGCUAAAGGUGAAGCGAUCGGUGAGGUCGACCGUCGUCUGAAGGUGAAGCCGGCGUUACCUCCUAAGAAAAUUGCUCCAAGAAAAUAUGGAAGCAAGGGUCAGUUCGAAUGUCCCAUUCGGGCCACCGUAGCAAACGACAAGGUGUACAUCCUGGACAAGGCGCUAGGGGGCAGGGUCCAGGCGUUCGGUCUCCAAGAUGGCGACGUUGUGUCGAGUUUUGUGCUCGGCUUUAGUAGCGGGCUCAGCCUUCGGAGUGGAGGCUUAUUGGUGGAACCGAGUGGUGACGUGUACGUGCCGUGUAGCGUGUCGGGUGCAAAACGCGCCAACGUCUUGUGGUCGCACUCUAAGAAACCAACAAAAGUCGUCCUUAACAUAGGCUCGGAAGACGACCCCAUAUCCGACGCAGCUUUCUCGCCUGAAGGAAGAAUUGUCUUAGCCCUUAAGGGAAAGAUCUGUACAAUCGACAAGACCGGAUUAGAACUCUCAGAAUUCUCCAUCCAUUCUCCAAGCGUUACCAACAUCUGCGUUUACAAAAGCGCCAUCUUGUUGUCUCUGUUCGCCGAGAAGAAAGUCCAAGUGUACAAACCGUCGGGAGAACUCAGACACGAGUUUGGUUCGGACGCGCACUUCAGCGCCCCCUGUGGACUUGCCGUGGACCUGCAGGGCAAGGUGCUGGUGACUGACGGACCGAAUGGACGGGUGAGCGUCUUUGACGGGCGUAAGGACGGGGCCUUUCUCCGGCACAUCGCUGGGAGAGAGGACGGGCUGGGGUACCCGCGGGACGUGGCGUGUACACAGGACGGCCGCGCUGUGGUGGUGGACUCACAACACAACUGUGUUUUCAUUCUCAAUUACUAGAGACUAUAAAAUGCAUAUAGAAGCUAUCAUGAAAGUUCAUCUG